AUGGCCGUGGGCGGCUUUGCCCACCUAUUCCAAGCCUACGUAUGGAGAAAGAAAGCAAUUAACCACGGCGAGACGCGGUUAGCUCAUAACGCCAAGGAGGAGACAGCUCAGGAAUCAGACUACUCCAAAAUAUUUCCGCCGUCACAGCGGAAUACCAUCUCCGAGCUCAUCCAUGCCGCUGAAAACAAUAUCGGGCCCUUAUCCGUGUCAAAACAGCCACUUUUGAAGUUGGAGUGCGACUACCGCCUUGCUGACCCUUCGACCAACCUAUACAGCGGUUUUACAGUUGGUGAUGUCAGGGCUUUGGGCAGCUUCCCCGACUAUGCAAAGCUUUCUGGCGUUCCGGCACCCACGCCCCUCAAGAACUUCACCAUCGACACUGCUCGACCAAGACCAUACAGGCCAUUCAGAUGGCCGUAUCACCAGACUAUGUGGUCAGAGCUCGCGUGCAAGGAGCUCAUGGAGAUGGCCUUGCAAUACCUCGGCAUCAGAUACCCGCAGCACUUCCGAGUCGGAGAUGGCAUUUUUGUGAACCGCAUCCUCGCUACGACACACGACUUGUCAGUGGCAGAACCGCUUCAUGUCCUUUUGGAAAAUGUGCCAGAAGACUUUGCAGUAAUGAUGCGAGACGAGAAGACCGGACGCUACCACCUACGAGCUGGUGUGGUUUGCUCUUCUCUCGGCUGGAAGCUAGGCCAGAAGAUCGGAAUGGGCUUGCCCGGAGUCCACCAGGCAGUGCCCGGCUACAAGGAGAAGCUGGCAUUUAGCGUGGAUCGUUUCUUCACCAGGAUGCCGGCUUCCAGCCCUAUCCAGAGAGGCUCCUGGGGCUUGGAGAUUGGGCAGCCGCUCUUCUUGCCCGCCGACCAUCCCGACUGGAGUAAUCGCGAGUCUCAGAAUGAGUCUCUUUGCGAAGAGGACAUUUAUUUACGGGUUGACUGGCAGACGUUGCGUCGACUCCCCCUCUCAGGAGCCAUAGUUUUCAACUUCAAGGCUUUGUACACGCCUCUCUGCGAGUUUGCCGACGAGCCUUACAUCCCGUCUCUCGUCCUCAAGAUACUGAUAGAAGGCGACGAGGCCAUCAUGAAGUAUAAAGGUACUUGGCAUGUUGAGCAUGUGGUCAAGCCUGCGCUGGUGAAAUACGAGCAGGCACAGCUAGACAUGGGAUUGAUUGAGGAGGGCUGGGUUGUGCAGACUCUGGAUGAAAGUCCCUUUUUUCCGGGGUGGAAGCGAAAGUUCAGCUAA